UGAAUAAUAAACAAGAACAACAUCCAGAACAACAAACAACAACAAAUGAUGAUUUAAUAAAAUCGAUUGAUCAAAAACGUUUAAUGGAAUAUAUUAAUGAACGAUUAGAUUUAUCCACAUCAUCAUCAAAUUCAACAAUGAAUAAUGGUGAUAGUGAUGGAAAUCAAUCAAAAGAUCAUAAUAACAUAAUUUUUUUAAAUGAAAAUGAUUUAAUCAAAAAUAAAACAUCCGAUACAUUUACCGAAUCGCCAUCACCAUUAUUUUCGGGAAAUAUUUUCGAUUGUCAACAACAACAACAACAACAACCGCAACCGCAACAACAGCAAGAACAACAACAAUCAUCAACAAAAUUUGACAAUCUAACGAUAAAUGAUGAUUCAACAACGUUUAUGGAUUUUCAAUGGUUACCAUCAGAAAGUUUAGUAAGAAAUAUUGAUACUUGUAUACAUAAUAAUUAUCAUCAUCGACAACAAUCAUCACAACAGAUGACAACAACGACGACAGCGACAACAUUGCCAUCAUAUGAUAAUGAAAACGAAAAUAAUUCAAUGUUACCAGAAAAUGUAAUUAAAAAUCAAAUCAAAUAUAAUAAAUGGAAUGUUUCAACAAAAGUUUACGCAGAUGUUUUACGUAUGGAACAAAUUUUCGAUGGUAUCUAUGAUCAAAAUCCAAAAAGACUUGAUAAAAUGGAACUUGGUCGUCUAGAAGAAUUGAAACAAAUUUUUGCAUCAUUAAAUGAAAUGAAUCAACGUUCAUUAAAUAGUGAACGUAAAAUUGUCAACAAUAUGGAAGAAGGAUUUCAAUGUCUAGAGUUUGCAAUCAAACAGCUGAUUUUACAUAUUAAGAAUGUUCGUGCAUUUAAAAAUCUUUGUCUUGAAGAUCAAGAAAUUUUAUUGAAAAAUUCAGUAAGCAAAAGUCGUUGCCUAUUGAAUAUGAUACGUUGUUAUAAUCCAGAACAGGAUACUGUCGCUAUUCCUUAUAGUAAGAACGGAACCAUUCUCAUAUUUGAACAAGAUUAUCUUCGUCAAUUACAUGGUGAUCUGCAAUAUGAAAAAUGUAGAAGUUUUUGUCAAUCAUUUCGUGAUGAUUGGAAAAAUGAUGAUAUGAUUGUCAAUCUGCUCAUCAUAAUUUUGGUAUUCUUUCCAAAUCGUAAUGGUCUUUUGCAUCGUGAAUAUAUAACCCUUGAAUAUUAUACCUAUUGUCAUCUAUUACAACGAUAUCUAGAGGUUAAAUAUCAAUCUAUUUGUGAAGCAAGAUCAAUCUAUAUAAAUCUUCUUAGUCGUUUGGAAGAGAUAAGUUAUUUUAAUGAAGAAUUAAUGGAAAUGAUUCUGAUGAAAUUCGAUCCACAAUAUAUUGGUCCAUUAACAAAAGAAUUAUUUGAAUUGGAAAAAAAAACUUGAACAUUCGUAAUUGACACAUUUAUAUUCAUAUAUAUAGUUUUAAGUUUACACAAUGAUUAAACUAAUUUUAAAACUUUUUCUCUUCAAAAUAAUGAAUAAAUAUUGAAUUUGAUUUUGUCGACGAA